AUGACCAGCAGACUCCCUCAACUAGUUGCCUUUGACCUUGACUACACCCUCUGGGAUCUCUGGAUCGACACACACGUAAAUCCACCCAUAACCCGCGUCGGGGAUACCGUUAAUGAACUCCGAGACAAAUAUGACAAGAAGAUAUCGUUUUACCGCGACGUGCCCGAGAUCCUCCACCGCUUGAAGGAGGCCGGGGUCGUCAUCGCCGCCUGCUCUCGUACGCACACGCCUGACCUCGCGCGGAGAGCGCUGAGACUCUUGCUCGUCCCGCCUGCAGCAGGGCACAAGCACGAGGCUCCAACACCUGCAAUCGAGUUUUUCGAUCAGCUCGAGAUCUAUCCCGGGUCGAAGCUCAAACACUUCAAAGAGGUGCACAAGAAGACGGGAAUUCCCUAUUCCGAGAUGCUGUUCUUCGACGACGAGUCGCGGAACAGGGAAGUCGAGUCUCUUGGUGUCACAUUCUCGUUGAUCACGAGCGGCGUCAACGACCGCGCAUUCGAGAGCGGCCUCGGGCGGUGGCGCAAGCGCCAUCCUGAUGAGGUAGCAGGGGACGCUUCAGCGGGCGGGGCGCAAGGCGAGUAG